AUGGCUGAACAUUCAUUCCCCCCUCUCAAGAAUGACCUGCUUCUUAGAGCUGCACGGGGCGAAACCGUUGAACGCCCGCCCAUCUGGGUGAUGCGGCAGGCUGGUCGUUAUCUCCCAGAGUACCACGAGGCCAAGGGUGGUCGUGACUUUUUUGAGUGCUGCCGCAGUCCCGAGAUUGCUUCGACUUUGACCCUGCAGCCCAUUGAACGCUUUGGCGGACUUAUCGAUGCCGCCAUCAUCUUUUCCGACAUUCUGGUCAUCCCCCAGGCGAUGGGUAUGACUGUUGAGAUGGUCGAUAAGAAGGGCCCUCAUUUUCCCGAUCCCCUGCAGACUCCCCAGGAUAAGCAGUACAUCGAGCUCAUGGAGCGCCAUGUCGAUGUUGCCAAGGAGUUGGACUAUGUCUACAAGGCGAUCACUUUGACCAGGAAAAAGCUUGAUGGGCGAGUGCCCCUUUUCGGCUUCACUGGAGCGCCAUGGACACUGUUGUGCUACAUGGUUGAGGGUGGCGGCACCAAGCUGUUCAAGCAGGUCAAGACGUGGAUCUACAAGUACCCAGAGGAGACCAAGGCUCUUCUCCAAAAGAUCUCAGAGCUCUGCGUGGAGUAUCUCGCGCUGCAAGUCAAGGCUGGAGCUCAGAUUGUUCAAGUCUUUGAUUCUUGGGCUGGUGAGCUUUCGCCAUCAUCCUUCAAGAAGUUCUCUCAGCCAUACCUCGCUUAUAUCGCCAAGCACCUUCCUCUGCGCCUCAAGGAGCUCGGUCUCGAGCAGGUUCCCAUGGUGGUGUUCCCCAAGGGUGCAUGGUACGCCCUCGACGCAUGCGCCGAUAUGGGAUACCAGGUGAUUGGCAUGGAUUGGCUCCAUGAUCCUGCGGAGGCUGUCAAGAUCAUUGGAGACCGACCAGUGGUUCUUCAAGGCAAUGCCGACCCCGGUGUACUGUACGGCUCGCACGAGUCCAUCACCGAUGUUGUUACCGAAAUGGUCAAGGGUUUCAGCUGGGCAGAGCGCAAGAAGGGCUGGAUUGUUAACCUCGGUCACGGCAUCACCCCAUUUGUCAACCCAGAUGACCUCAAGUUCUUCUUCCAGGAGAUCCACCGCCUCACCAAGACCGAUUGA